AUGCCUCCUAAAGGCAAAGGAAAUGGGAAGAAGAAAGGUAAAGGUAAAGGAAAAGGAAAAGGAGCUUCAAAAGAAACAAAAUGCAGAGCUGCAGCAGAAUCAGAACCAACUUCUCACUUCCAUUUCCCAAGAGAAAUCAUCUCUAACAUCCUUUCCCGUCUCCCUGUAAAAACCCUUUUACGAUUCAGGUGUGUUAGCAAGCAAUGGCGAAACCUCAUUUCCAAACCCAACUUCAUCGCCUCCCAUUUCCGUCACUCUUCUUCUUUGCAGCUCUCCGGUUCAUCUAUUCUCAUAGGCAGCCGUCAUCACGAGUCUAAUCAUCAUGUAGUCUCACUAUACAACCCGCCGGAAUCAGUUGUCCAGGUGGACAGCCCUUUCCCCUGUUUCUUCCCCAAUAUGUACAUUGUGGGUCCUUGCCAUGGCUUUAUCUGCCUUUUUAAUCCACCAUGGGGUGAACUGAUUACCCUUUGGAACCCGUCGAUGAGGAAGUAUAAGAUGGUGGAGCUCACUGAUAGCUUGCCCAGUCCAGGACUGCACUUUUUGACGUCUAUUGGUAUGGCUUUUGAUUACCAACAUAACGAAUUGUUGAUCUUGAGAAUCUUUUGUGUGGGAAUAAUGUUUGAAGUCCCGAAUCACGUUGAGGUGUAUUCGAGUAAGAGUGGGAAAUGGAAGAAGCUGAAAAAUGAGAUGAUUUUUCAUAUUGUUGAGUUUACUUGCAAUGUGAUCGUUAAAGGGGUUGCAUAUUGGUUGGUUUGUAUGCCUGAUAAGUUCGGAUCGCGUGCUGUGUUUGUGCGAUUUGAUGUGGGGAAACUAGUGUUUGAGAAGUUACCUUCGAUAGGAAGGCGUAAGAAACAUCAAUAUCUUGUGGAAUUGGAGGGUUCUCUUUGUAUGUUAGACUGGGAUCAUAAAGAUGAUUGUCAUAUGGAUGUUUGGGUAAUGGAUGAUGUUGAUGGUUGGAGUAAGAAAUACAGUGUUGGACCUUUAGUCGGAUUUGACCGAAUCUUGGGUUGUUUGAGGAAUGGUGACAUUGUAGUUAAGAAUGAAAAUGGAGUCAUAUUCAUUUGUGAUCCCAUAACUAAUUCAGUCAAGGAAAAUUUCAGCAUUGAUAAUAGUAAGGAUGAAUCAUAUGUGGUUGUUGAUUAUUCAGAGAGCCUAUUUCUGAUCGGAGGGAUGCUACCUGUUAAGAAGCAAGAUGCUCAAGAUAAAUUAGCGCGCAAAAAAGUCACAAGGCACUCGAGGGACUUAGCACAUUAA